ACUGGAUUCAACGCACUUCAACGCGACGCUUGGAUUCAACGACACGUCUUCACGUCUUCCAACUCGCCCUCGCCCUCGCUCUCUCCCCAGCAGCGCGCUGCCUUGGUCGCAUUGUUGCCCUUGAGAGCAGAUCGGCUUUCCUCCCUUUUCCUCUCGCCUGCGACUGACUAUCUUGACGGCCUCUCGCAAAUACCUCGUGGAAUUCAUUUAGCGCGCAGCCUCUUCUUCGCCUCGGCCUCCGGUGACGCGAUAUCAAGACAAUUCUCCCUCGCUUUGUGCGAUUCAUUUCCGACCUCGUCCCCAUUCACGACCCUUGAUGGCAUCGUCCACAAUCACUUCUAAUCCGCGACCACUCUCCAAUACAUCCUCGUCGCGACAGAACCAUCUCAAUCGUGCGCCAUCUUUUGCGGCUGGUGCGCAAGGAGAGCAGGAGGCGACUCGGUCGAAUACACAAAUGUCUUUCAACAUGAGCCAGGGUUCACAGGGCGGAGGCAUGAUGAUGCAGCAGGGUCAACCGUUCAGACAAUACGAUGGAAAUCAACCCAUGCGACCGAAUCCCCCACCUCAGACUCAGAUAUACUCGGUAAGUGCAUGUCAGCGUGGUGGCGCUCUAUACAGAAUGGCAAUCGCUAACAGCAAUCUGGCAGGCGGUGUAUUCGGGAGUGGAUGUCUAUGAGAUGGAGGUCAAUAAGAUUGCAGUAAUGCGCCGUCGUAAAGACAGCUGGCUUAAUGCGACCCAGAUAUUGAAGGUGGCCGGUAUCGAGAAGGGUAAGCGUACAAAAGUGCUGGAGAAGGAGAUUUUGAUUGGAGAACAUGAAAAGGUGCAGGGUGGUUAUGGAAAAUACCAGGGUACUUGGAUCAAGUUUGAGAGAGGGUUGGAGUUUUGCAGACAGUAUGGAGUCGAGGAUCAAUUACGGCCUUUGUUGACUUACGAUAUGGGACAAGAUGGUGGAGUGGCUGGUCGAGGUGGGUAUGACACUCCUACAAAAGAGCAAGCUAUGGCGGCCCAACGAAAGCGAGCGUAUAAUUCGGGCGCCGAGAAUCGUUCCUCAAACCAAUCGGGAACUUUUUUCAAAAACAUUUCGAGUACUGCUUCACAUGCAGUUGCAGCGAUCAGUAAGGCCCGUUUCGAUUCACCAGUUCCCCGGAACAGAAAUGGCGCCAACUCAAGUCACCCACCAAGCUUUAGUCGCCAGUCAUCUCAACAAAACCUUGCAUCACAGGAACCGACAUACCCAGUCGCAUCACAACAAAGCGUGCAAAGCUUUUUAUCGAAUGAUGGUUACCUCCCCAACGGCCAGGAUUCAGCUUAUGCCACUCAGUAUACACAACCAGGACAGGGCGACAAUCGAAACGGCGAUAUGGAGGAACCCCCGCGAAAAAGGAUACGAGCCACACCCGGUGAAGUUGACCAACAGAUGGAUAGCUACUAUGAUCUAUCCAUGCGAGAACCUACACCUACAGAGCCAAACGAGUCCUUUUUAUACCACAACUCACAUCUAAUGCAAGGUGAGGAAAACUCGGUUCUUCCACCCUUACCGAGUAGCGCGAUUCAAGGUGGAGAGCAGAAGAAGUCGCUCCUUCUAUCUCUCUUUAUGGACCCUGAGCGCAAUGAUUUCAGCAAGCAUGAAGUUUUUCUCUCCAUGUCCCCUCAGGAUCUCGAUACACCUAUUGACACUUCUGCCAAUACUGCUCUGGUCUGGGCUGCUACGCUCGCUCGCCUUCCACUUUUGAAAGCAUUGAUUGCCAGUGGUGCAAGUAUAUACCGGGUAAAUCGUGCUGGAGAAACCGCAUUGAUGCGUGCUUGCGGAGUAACCAAUAACCUUGACGUGGGCAGCUUCCCGGAUCUCCUUGAAUUACUAGGGCCCACUAUUGAAUUCACUGACCAGCGACAUCGAACCGUACUCCACCACAUUGCAGUCACUUCAGCAGUAAAAGGAAGAAGUUCCGCCACCAAAUACUACCUCGAAUCACUCCUCGAGUUUGUCGUCCGCGCGGGGACCGCUCCGAAUAGUCAGCAAUCAAACUCUUUCAGCAGCAAUGCGCCAGCGAUGCAAACAAUGAAUCUAGGCCGUUUUAUGUCGGAAGUAGUAAAUAUUCAGGAUAAAUCGGGUGAUACUGCCUUAAAUAACGCAGCUCGCAUUGGAAACAGAAGUAUCAUCAGUCAGCUAUUGGAAGUUGGAGCGAAUCCAGAAAUCAAAAACCGCUCUGGUUUGUGCCCACAUGAUUUUGGUGUUGGAGAGAGUUUAGGAAACGCAGAUGUAGGUUCUGGCCGUAUCCCAGCGCCUGAGAAAUUUACUUCAAGGACAAAUCAAACCAGUAAUGAGAUUAUCUCUUGUAAGUACAUCAAAUUUCAUCUUCUACAUGUGUCUAAAUUCUAUAGCAAUAUCUUCCCUGGUCACAGACGUCUCGCAGGAAUUUUCAAACGAAUUGGACAAGAGACAAGCCCGGAUCGACGCCCUUCAUGCGCAACUUCGAGAACAAUCAGCGCUUCUUGGAGAACAACGUCGACGUAGAGCAAUGAUCGAAGCUCAAGCAAAGGAGCAGCAGGCCCAGAAGCACAAGUAUGCAAACCUGGCCAGAGCUGUGCAAGCAGAGCGAGUUCGGCUUCGGCAGUUGCAACAAAAUAUGGGACAAAGCCAACAAAAUGUCGAUAUGCGCCUAGGCGAUGCCGACAAAUCAUUUUCUAUCCCUAAACUUCCUUCCAACUUACUGGCUAAUAUCAGUGCCAAUCCUCACCAAUCUCUUGCUGCUCUCGACCAAACGCAGCGACAAUUGGCAAAUUCACUUCCGCCUGUUCAUGUCUUACGAGCUCGUAUCCGUGCAUACCAACUCAACAACCAAAUCUUGGAGCAAGAUGUUCGUGGACUCCAAAGUAAGAGUACAGAACUUGCCAACAAGUAUCGUAAGGUUGUUGGUCUUUGUACAGGUACGGCAUUUGAAAAGGUGGAUCAAGUUGCGCCCAAGCUUCUUCGAGCCAUUGAGAGUGAACCAAAUGUGGAUCUACGACGUAUUCGAGAAUUCCUCACUCGAGUCGAGGUUCCUACUUAAAGAUAAAAAUACGCAAGCGAGUGCGCAUACGGGAGAUACCUUUUUGCAUCCAUCAUUUGAUGGCGGUGGCGUUUUUACUGCUGAUAUUUUGGGCGGUGGCAUUUUCAAAAAGGGAAUCAUUUGCAUCUGGGAGGUGUUUUUAUGUUCCGAUUCCCCUUUUCUUUACCUUUUUUCGCCUUUCUUUUUCUCCUUUUUCACUUUGGGUUUUUCGACUCUACAUACCCUCUUUCUAUGGGAAUUGAUGUGGAGUAAGUGGAUGAAGGGAUCUUGAUGAUUGCGAGUGUAUAACAACAUACAUACUGUGAAAUUUCUCUUUUCUUUUUAUUUUACUUUCUGGCAUGCGAAGGGGCGUGUUUGUGAAUAGGAUGAAGGAACGGUUGAUAUUGUUGGUGGAUACAGUUCACUUUAGGAAUGAAUGAGAAGU